CCGCGUCGUAGCAAAAUUUUCGUCAAACAAGUAACAAUGCUGGAACGAUAUCUACAGCACUAUGCACUACAAGAACUACUCAUCUAGGUACGACAACUACUCGUACAUGCGUCAGCUUUGUUAUACAACAGCGAAUGUCUAUAUCCUCAUCGUCUUCGUCCUCUCCCUUCGCUUCCCGCUCUGCCGCUGCCUAGUAUAUUCACGGUCUGCUACCCGCGUUCACAGCCGCCUUUUCCCCGUGUUUACAACCGCGCCCUGCACCCAGUCAGCCUCGCCCCAUCCGCACCUGCGGCUACUCACCGACACUGACUUACCCACGAGCACCUUCUGGUACACGCUCUUCGGGCGCGUUACCUGGUCGAAGACCCAUUUCUUAUAGAAAUGGGUGUUAGUGAUGCCAUCCGGGACGCCGGCGGGAGACGACAGGCGACGACAAUCGGGACGCCGGCGGUUCGAGAGAAGCCUCGCAAGCAAGGUGACUUGGUCCAAUGUAGACACGCUAGUUUGACGUGCAUAUGCUCGCUGCUCCCAUAUCCA